UUGAUUUCAAAAAGUUGGCCGCCAUAUUUCUGCGCUCACGCUCUUCCAUUUUCGUCUUCGCAACCAACAAAAUUUCCUCCAGAUUUCCGAGAGUCCGGCCAGUAUUUAUCCAAGCGACAUGGCGGAACCCGGAGUGUCGGAUGUCGCCGAUCUUUUGGCGAAGACUAAGGUUGAACAGGUGAACGAAGUCAGCUUUAAAGGCAGAGGAAUGAAACUAGACAAAGCAGAGGAUGCUGCUGAGAUAGUAAAGGCAGUGGAAGAGGCUAAAGACCUGCAGGCCCUGCGGCUGGAAGGGAACACUGUCGGGGUGGAGGCAGCCAAAGCCAUCGCAGCCGCACUGGAGAAACAUCCAGAGUUCGAGAGAGCGUUAUGGAGCGACAUGUUCACUGGCAGACUGAGGUCAGAGAUCCCACCCUCACUGGAAAGUCUAGGUGGAGCGGUGAUCACAGCCAAUGCCCAUCUGGUGGAGUUGGACCUGAGUGACAACGCGUUCGGACCGGACGGGGUGGCGGCCUGCAGAGUCCUACUGACCAGCAAAGCUGUGUACACGCUGGAAGUCCUGAAACUCAACAACAACGGACUGGGGGUGGGAGGGGGGAAGAUUUUGUCAGAAGCCCUGAUCGAGUGUCACACUGCCAGCAGUGCGGAGGGAAAACCCCUGGCACUGAAGGUGUUCAUCUCUGGUAGGAACCGUCUGGAGAACCCUGGAGCAACAGCACUGUCCAAGGCCUUUAAGAUCAUAGGAACCCUUGAGGAAGUCUCUAUGCCCCAGAACGGUAUCCAGCACCAGGGCAUUACUGCACUGGCAGAGGCUUUCUCACAGAACAACAACCUCAGGGUAGUGAACUUGAAUGACAACAUCUUCACAGAAAAGGGUGCAGAAUCCAUGGCCAAGGCCCUUCCCAACAUGACUAGUGUAGAGGUGAUUAACUUUGGAGACUGCCUGCUGAGGUCUGGGGGAGCGGAGGCCAUCGCCAAGGCCAUCAGCAGUACUCCUCAGCUAAAGGAGUUGAUUCUGUCGUAUAACGAAAUCCGGAAGGACGCAGCGAUCUCAGUAGCAGAGGCUGUGGAAGGCAAAGAACACCUCAAGAAGCUGGACCUGAAUGGUAACCAGUUAGGAGAGGAGGGGAUAGAAGAACUGUCGGGUACACUGGAGGCGUUUGACAUGGUGGACGUGCUGGGUUCUCUCAGUGAUGAUGAGGGAGAUGACAUAGAUGAUGAUGAUGAUGAAGAGGAAGCUGCAGAGGAGGAGGACCAGGAGGAGGAGGAGGAGGGAGAGACUGUGGAUGAUCCUGAGUUACAGGUGCGAGGUACCGCCAUCACUCCAACCAGGGACAACCAGUCUCCUCUCAAGGUGUCCUACACUGCCAGAGAGUUCCUGGACUCACCAUCAGCUGACAGACUGCUGGGACUGGGGAAGGACCGAGCUCAACUACUGGUCAGGGAACUGGGGGACAGUUUAGAUGACGCAGACUGCGCUGCCCAAAGCCUGAUGAAGGUGGCUUCAGUAGUGACAGACAACACGGCCGUCAAGAGUGCUGCUUUCCAGUGUGCAGAUGCCAUUCUGACCAGAAGUCUGCAGUCCAAAGAGAGUCAGCCCACCCUGAUAGCCAACGGUCUUCUCGUGCACAUGGGACUGCUGAAGAGUGAAGAGAAGGUCCAGCCUGUGGGAGACCUCCAGGGUCCCCUCAUCCUGCUGCAGCACAUGUUCCAGCAGGUCUACUUCCCCAGGAGUCUGGCACAGCUGUUCAUAGCCUUCCUCACAAGACCAAACAGCCAGUUGGAGAGACAUGCCCACCUACAGCACCAGAUACUGCAGACCCUGCAUCAGAUGUGAUGUUUCCAGACAGAUUUUAACAUCAGAUUUCACCCUUUCAUCUAUCCAGCCUUCAGCACCUGAUUCUAGAGACUGUUGUUACUACAAAACUUGACAUACAUGUAUGAGCCCUCGGAUGGGCUUAUGUAUCUGUAUCGGUAUAGCUGGUAUAACCACCCUUUUCGUAACACACCAACUAUGUAUGUGCUGCUCCACGUAGUCAAGUCAAAUCACUUGCUUUAUUUUCCUUUGAAUGCUUAGUAAAGAAUGGGUUUUCAGAAAGCCAGGCUAAAAUUACAUCAUGUAAUAACUUUAAAUUAUUAACAUCUACUUCAUGGACAGAAUUGUAGGGGACAUUUGUAAAUUCUGACCUACACAUCUGCAAGGAUACAUUAUAUGGUGUGUUUUCAUGUCACACUGCCUAGGCAGAAUGCUGUCACUGAGUUGUGCACUGAGGAAAGAAUUAACUUCAUGCUUAAAUUUGCAUGUGGAGUUUUCAUUGAUGAAGGCACCACAAUAUGAUAAUUGAAGCCCAUCCAGACUGCUCCCAUUUUAAUUUUGCGAGCAUAAAAAGUUAGGUCGUGUGCCUAUGAAUUUUUCAUACCUCCUAUCAAGUCUUGCAUGCAGUGUAAUAUCUAAAGUGGUGCACCUACAUGUACAUGUAGAUAUUUGCUGGUGUGCCCAAAUUUAUUGGGUUGGCAGGACAGUAAGAUAGACUGGUGAUGUACAGUGC